ACGGAGAAGCAUCAACGCAACAUAGCGCGCCCUCCCUGACCUUGAAGGGAGAUUUUUGUACUGUGCCGAAGCUGCGUGAGUGAGUGAAUAUCGUGCUAGACAAAUUCGCAAGCAUGGAAGCAAUAUCGGAAGCUCUGCAACCGUACAAGGAACAGGUCGGAAUGGCGGCCGGUAUACUAACGGUCGGACAGAUGUUUAGCGGUUGCUUUGUAUGCAACGACAUCCGGAAGAAAGGCACAUCGGACGGUUUCUCGGCAAUGCCGUUCGUCGGUGGUUGUGGACUUACCGUUCUUUUCCUGCAGCAUGGAAUGCUGAUGAACGAUUCUGCUAUGACCAAUGCAAAUCUUAUUGGUCUCACGAUCAGCUUGGUCUAUGCUACAUUUUUCCUGUUCUACACACCGCCCACCGGUCGUUCCAGCUUCUGGCGCCAAGUCGGUGGAACGGCAUUGUUUACGAUCGCAUUACUCGGUUACGUGAAGAUCGAGAACCCAUCAGUGGUAGAGGAUCGCUUCGGUUUGAUCAUCACCGUGCUGAUGCUUUGCCUUAUUGGACAGCCUCUAUUUGGCUUGCCGGACAUAAUACGUCGAAAAAGCACAGAAGGGCUACCAUUCGCCAUGAUCCUGUCCGGUACGAUCGUUGGACUUAGCUGGCUACUAUACGGCAUCAUCCUGAACAACGUGUUCGUUGUGCUACAAAACUUAGCUGCUGUUACGCUCAGUGGCAUCCAGCUGGCACUGUUUGCCAUUUAUCCUUCGAAACCGACACCACCGAGUAAAAAACGGGAAUGAACAAAACAUUCAUAAACAAAUUGCUCUAAGGGCAUUGUUAAGCGAUGAAAACGCAAAAAGGUUACUAAAAUAUGCGUGUGUCAUAGUCGCUAAUAAAAUUGCGAGAUUAACUAUACUGUUAAGCAUUUUUAAAAUCAUUCAUGAUGCGAUCCAUUGUUCAACUACGCGUGAAGCUUUAAAAUACAGAGAUUGCUACUUAAGAUUAACGCACAAAAAGGCGGGCUAUGAGAACACAUUUCAUAAUCAACCAUUACUAGCCCUAAUAAUAAAACUCUUUAUUACAUUGCACAACAUUCACCGUAUUAUAAAAUGUAUUGUUGUAUGUAAUUAAUUCUACUCAAUGAUUUGUUUUAGUACAGAAGUAUAAAUAAUAUCUCAACGAUCAUGCUGCAUUGCAUGCUCCAUAAUGGGGACGCUAGUGGUAGUGGUUCAUCAAGUAAUCGUUUGAUAAAAAUUGCCAUUCAUGGGAAAACAAUUGAUCACAAUUGUUUGUCGAUUAUACAG